AUUUCAUUUUUGGUUCCUCAUCUCCUCUUCGAAGGACAGGCAGCUGGGUAGGGGUUGGAUCUCCUCAACACCGCCACGGUGUGCAAUUCGCCCGUCGAAGAAGCCCAGCCGUCAUCAUCUCCUUUCUUUCUUCUCCGAUUAACCUGUAUUACCUUUCUGUAAGUCAUAAACAUGUAUUCUCGAGGGAGCAAUGCAUAUGGGCAGUCAGCAUAUGGACAAAAUCUGGGAUCUGCUUAUUCUGGAAAUUCUGUUGGUGGACCUGAUGGGGGUUCUCAACUUUCCAUGGCUUCUCGACACUCGUCAAUGUUGGGUGGUUCUCAGGAAGCAGAUAUUGGUGGAUAUAGAGCUCAUCCUUCUGCUGCAGCUCAUUAUGGAGGGCAGUACAGUUCUGUGUAUGGAUCAGCUGCUUUGAGCGGUGCCCAACAGAUUCCUGCUAUGGGUGCCAAAGGUGCUGGACCACCAGUUUUGGAAGGCCGUGGAGGUUAUGCCUCGGGUAUGCCUGAGUCUCCUAAGUAUGCAUCUGGUGACUAUGUCUCAUCAAGCCAUGGAUAUGGUCAUAAAAGUGAUCAGUUAUUUCCUGAGAAGAUUUCUGAUUAUUCAUCAAUUGAAAGGAGACAAUACGCUGAGCGGCAAAGUGCUUAUACGGGUAGGGACUUGCCAAAUGAACCUACUGGACGAUAUGCUGAUUCUGUUGGUUUUUCAUCUCAACACCAGGCAUCACUACUUCGACAAGAACAAUUGCUUAAAGCCCAAUCACUGCAACCUGCUUCUGUUGAUGGGGUUUCCAGACAAGCUGAUUAUCUUGCAGCAAGGAGUACUGCCAUUCGUCAAGAUCUUUUGUCUUACGGUGGUCGAGUGGAUGCGGAUCCUCGCAGCUUAUCAAUGCUUAGUGGUUCUUCAUAUGGUGGUCAACAUGCUCCAUCAAUAUUAGGGGCAGCUCCUCGCAGAAAUGCAGAAGAUCUCACGUAUGCUCAAAGUUCUUCAAAUCCUGGUUAUGGUGUCAGCCUGCCUCCUGGAAGAGAUUAUGCCACAGGGAAAGGGCUGCAUGGAGCAUCUCUUGAAUCAGAUUAUCAAGGCAGUGUGUUGUCUCAUGGUGGUCAUUCAAGGAUGGAUGAGCGUAAAGAUGAUAGGGGUGGAUAUCUUCGAGAGCUUGAGCUAAGGGAGGAGGAGCGGCAUAGGGAGCGUCUGCGCGAAAGGGAGAAGGACAGAGAACGGGAGAGGGAACGUGAACGCGAACGUGAACGAGAACGUGAACGUGAACGUGAACGCGAACGGGAACGAGAACGAGAACGAGAACGAGAAAGGGAGCGUGAAAAAAGAGAACGCAUAUUGGAGCGACGAGACAGGGAGAGGGAUCGUGAGCGCAAACUUGUUCCAGAUAUUAGGCAUGAAAGAACUCCCCUGCGAAUUUCUCGAGAUCGUCGUGGUGCCUCUUUGACAAAAGAUGGGAGAACUUCACGACGAGAUUCUCCACGUCAUGAAGCUUUGCAUAGGCGUUAUUCACCUGUUAGAGAAAAAAGGAGAGACUACGUAUGCAAGGUUUACUCGUCUAGUUUGGUGGAUGUUGAGAGGGACUAUUUGGCAAUUGAUAAGCGAUAUCCCAGGCUUUUUGUGUCUCCAGACUUCUCCAAGGCUGUCGUGAGUUGGCCAAAGGAAGACCUCAAGCUUUCUAUUCAUACUCCUGUUAGCUUUGAGCAUGAUUUCAUUGAAGAAGAGAGUGUAGCUGAGUCGAAAGAGCCAUGCGCCAAUUUGUUGCCUGAUACAUCCGUAAAAUCUGAACCUGGACGUACUGUCUGGAAUGCAAAGUUGAUUCUGAUGAGUGGACUUAGCAGGAAUGCUCUGGAGGAGCUGUCAUCUGAAAAAGCCUCUGAUGAUCGCAUGCCUCAUAUUUGUAAUAUCCUUAGAUUUGCCAUUCUUAAAAAAGAUCACUCAUUCAUGGCAAUUGGAGGCCCAUGGGAUACUGUUGAUGGUGCAGAUCCAUCAGUUGAUGACUCAUCUUUGGUUCAAACGGUCCUCAGAUAUGCAAAAGAUGUUGCCCAACUUGACUUACAAAACUGUCGGCACUGGAAUCGUUUCCUUGAGAUUCACUAUGAUAGAGUUGGCAAGGAUGGGUUCUUUAGCCACAAAGAAGUCACUGUUCUGUUUGUUCCAGAUUUAUCAGAAUGCCUCCCUUCAUUGGAUGCUUGGCGAGAUCAAUGGCUUGCGCAGAAGAAGGCUAUUGCCGAGAGGCAACACCAACUUUCUUUGAAAAAAGAAAAAUCUAAGGAGAAGAAAGAAGCUGUUAAAGAUAAGGAAAUUGUUUCCCCAAACGAUGUUAAAAGAGUAGACGGAUCAGAGAAAAAGAGUGAUUCUGGACAGGUGGUAGAUGUCAACAAAAAGGUGAAAGAUGGCAGCGAAAUGAAAAAGAAUGUUGCCGACAAAGAGGGGUUAGGAAAUGAAAAAGAAACUGAGAAAAAAGAUGGGGAUGUAACAGGAGAAGAAGGCAAGAAUAUUGAGAAGAAGGAACAGGGAGAAACUGCUGCUGCUCCAACUGUUGGCAGUGUGAAGACUGGUAAGAAGAAAAUUAUAAGGAAGAUUGUCAAGCAGAAGGUUGCUUCUAAAAAAGCUGGUGUGGAUAAUGCAGCUGAUGUUCAAAAUGAUAAACUGGAUGGGAAGGAUGUCGGGGAGAAGAAUGUGAAAUUAGAAAAAUUAGAAAUCCUCACUCAGCAGGAAGAAUCUUCUAAUCAUUCUUCUGGUGUUAAAACUUUUACAAGAAAGAAAGUUGCAAAAAAGGUGAUGGCUGGAAAAGCUACUGAUAAAGGAGAAAAAAACAUGCAAGCUGAGGUGAAGAUAGAGAUGGAGUUGGAUGGUUCUGUAGAUAAACUAAAGCCUGAGUCAGCCUCAGCACAAGAUUCCAGUGUGAAAACAACUAUAAAGAAAAAAAUUAUAAAGAAGGUUCCUAAAAGAAAAGUUACUGCUACAGAAUCUAAUGCUGGUGUUUCUGACACCAAAAAAGAUGGCGAUAAGGAUGAUAAAAUGGUUGUUCAGCCUGCAGCAGAAAAUGUUGGAGAACAAGUAGUAGAUGAUGAGAACCAGGUGAGGCAGACCAACAAAUCAGAGCAGAAGACGAUCCCUAAAAAGAAGUCAAAAAUAGUGGAUUCUGGGAAGCUGGAUGAUGCUUCUAAUUCAAGUAAAACAGAAAUCAAGGUAGUCAAAGAAGAUAAAAAGGAAGAGAAGGGCGCUGAGGAGAAAAGUGGCUCUGGAAAAAAGGUGGAAUUGGGGGCUGACAAGCAGAAAGAUUCUAAGGAUGGCAACAAUGGCAAGAACGAAAAAUCAAAAGAAAAAGAAAAAUUGAAGGACGAGAAAGAGAAGAAAGACAAGGAUGGUGAAUCUAGGAGCAAACGGGAGGCCAAAGAGAAGAAGCGGCUAGAAGAACCUCCUCGGCACCCUGGGUUGUUUCUGUGGACAAAAUGUAGCAAGGACUCUAAACUGCGUUCACUGUCUCUUUCGUUGGAUUCACUCUUGGAUUAUACUGAUAAGGAUAUUGAGGAAUCAUCAUUUGAGCUUUCCCUAUUUGCGGAAUCACUGUAUGAGAUGCUUCAAUACCAAAUGGGUUGCCGUCUUUUAACAUUUCUGCAGAAACUGCGCUUAAAAUUUGUGACAAAAAGAAAUCAACGGAAAAGGCAACGGGAAGAAGCUACUAAGAAGGAAAAUGAAAAAAAGUCAUCUACUAAGCGUCGGAGGACUGAUGAGGCCCCUGCAGAAACUGAAAAUGCAAAAACUGAAAUUCCAGAUGGUUCUCAGGUAGAUGGUGAAAAAUUGAAGGAGAAUGAUGAUUCUGUUGAGGAAGCUGAAAAGGAAAAGCCGGAAGAUGAAACAGAUGAUGAGGAAGAUCCAGAGGAGGAUCCAGAGGAGGAAGAUCCGGAGGAAGACCCAGAGGCAGAUGAAGAAAUGCUGGAUGGAGACCCUGAACAUAACACCUCUGACAAGGAAAAUAAAUAUGAGAAGACCAAAACAGAUUCUGAAAAUUUACAGGAAAAUCAAGAAGGGAAGAUUAAUAGAGACGCAAAACCUGAAAAGGUGACUGUUGAGGAGAAGAAUGGACUGGGAGAUGCUGGUGAGGAGAAGACUAGUAAUAAAUCUCCGGCCUCAAAGGCCAAUACUGAUAAAGCCAAGGUUGAGGGGGAGAAGAAACAAACUCCAGUUGACAAGGAAGCGCUGCAGGCUUUCAGGUUUUUUGAUCGUAAUCGAGUUGGGUAUAUCCGGGUUGAAGAUAUGAGGUUGAUUAUCCACAAUUUGGGCAAAUUCCUCUCACACAGGGAUGUCAAGGAACUUGUGCAAAGCGCACUGCUGGAGAGCAACACAGGAAGGGAUGAUCGCAUUCUUUACAAUAAGCUGGUGAGAAUGACAUUUGAGACUUGACAUGGGUGAUUUCUGGGUUCUCUAGGUCCAUUUGGAAGGAAAUUCUAAGCACAGCACUCAUGUUUACCAAUCUUUUAAGGGGAUUUUGAGAGGAAUGGAGAUGUGUGUAUUGUACUGCAAGCUUGUGUUAUUGAUUUCUGCGUAUGAAAUCAGUCUUGAGUUCGUUUUCAUGAUUUGUUAAUAUAAAUGCAGCCUGAGAAUCAAUGUGUUGAAAUGGGACUGCUGACUUUGGCGAAACUGGGCAUCCCAUCAUGUUCGGUUCUCUUGAAUGUGCUGUAUUGGAUUUUAGUUUUCCCAGUUAAACAUUGCCUAGCAUGCUUUUGCUUCAAUUUCAAUGCCAUUUUGUAGUGUGUAAUUGAUUAUAGAUCAAUAUGAAUAAAGAUCAGCUGGGGGCUUUAUGUUU